UUCUUGAGUUCUAUAAAUCCCCACCAUUGCUAACCAAGAAAACUACGCAUAACUUAUCACCAACAUUUAUGAUCAUCUUGAUAAUACCUAGUCUUACCAAUGGCUGCCGUCGUAACAUCUCACACUGAGCUUCAGCUCGUAGUUGACACAGCCGACGCCAGCAGCGGCGGCCUGAUGUCAUCAACCAUUGUUGCUAAGGGUAUUAAGGAAUCAUUAAUUUCCACCUUAACCAAAUUUCAUGCUGGUUAUUUUAGGGUAAGCCUAUCAUUAGGUGGCCAAGCUUUAUUAUGGAAGACACUAAGAGGCCCAACGGAUGACACUCACACUUUAAGACGUACCCUCCAUUUGUUUCAUCCCACAGCUUUUACAGUUCUCUGGUCUCUCUCAUUCUUUGCCCUUGUUUUGCUCUCGAUUCUUUACCUUUUGAGGUGUUUAUUUUACUUUAAGAUGGUGAAAGAGGAGUUCUUUCACCAUGUAGGAGUCAACUACCUAUUCGCUCCAUCGAUUUCUUGGCUUCUUUUGCUACAAUCAUCCCCCUUUUUCACUCCCCAAACCCACUACUCCUACACGGUUAUAUGGUGGGUUUUGGCUGUUCUUCCUAUUGCAGUGCUCGAUGUGAAAAUCUACGGUCAAUGGUUUACAAAAGGAAAGAAGUUCUUAUCAGCGGUAGCAAACCCCACGAGCCAGUUGUCAGUUAUAGGGAACCUUGUGGGUGCACAGGCGGCGGCCGAAAUGGGGUGGAAAGAGAGUGCCAUUGGGUUGUUUUCACUAGGGAUGGUUCAUUACUUGGUGCUGUUCGUGACGCUUUACCAACGUCUAUCGGGCACCGACCAGCUUCCAUCGAUGUUAAGGCCAGUUUUCUUCUUGUUCUUCGCAGCACCAAGCAUUGCUAGCUUGGCUUGGCAAUCCAUUGCCGGCUCUUUCGAUAUUGCAUCCAAAAUGCUCUUCUUCCUCUCACUCUUCCUUUUCAUGUCACUGGUUUGCAGGCCGACAUUGUUUAAGGUAUCGAUGAAAAAGUUCAAUGUGGCGUGGUGGGCAUACUCUUUUCCCUUGUCUGUGCUGGCUUUGGCUUCAAUGGAAUACGCUGAGGAAGUCAAAGGCAACACCCCACAUCUUCUAAUGCUUCUUCUUUUAACAUUCUCUGUCUUCGUCUCCAUUUGUUUGGUAGUUUUCACACUGCUCAACUCCAAAAUACUACUGUUCUUACCUCAAUGUUUUGAUCCGAUUUCAAGUUUGAUUUCGCGUGCCAUGUGUUCCACACCGGAGCAAAAUCAACAACGGCCACAAACUGUUUAAUUAAUUGGAUGAUAAGUGUGCAAACAGGACAUGAAAAUCAUGGUCGAUGAAACUGAACUUUUAUGCUUAGUAAAGACUUGAUAUUUUCAGUUAAAUUAAUGUAUGUGCUGUGUUCGAUGAUGAUUUGGAAGAGUAAAAAUCCAAGUCUUCCACUUAAA